AUAUAUAUUGACAGAGAGUUCCUCCCUCAUAUUAAUUAGCCCUUAUUGUGUACACGCAAUAUUGUAAUUAAUUAAAAUGAGAGGAAGAAGUAAUGAUUUUACAGAAAAGUUCAGCGAAAUUAAAUUCAUUAGGCUACAGGUUAAUAGGAUUGAAGACGGUGACUGCUAAAAAAUAAAUGAAAAGCAAUCAACAACAAUGAUAUACAAAAAUUUGAUGGUGUUACCAAAAAUUUGUACACCACGAACAUUGUUUAGUAAUUGUGUUCUUCAUGUGGUAAACAAAUAUAUUUUGUCUUCAGUUCAAUGGAUGCAUUAUACAACAGAUUCAACAAACAUAAAGGAUUUAGAUACAAAAGAGAGCAAUAAUAAUCAAAAUCUACCAAUACGUUCAUUAACACAAAAUGUUGAUGCAGAAUUUGAAGAUAUCGCUUCAAAGAGUUCUUCAUCAAGUAGAACAAAUACAGAUUUAUAUUUAACAAAUCCUGAAGUAGCCAAAAAGUUUGUUACAUUAAUUAAAGAUGAUUUAUUAAAAAACAUGUACCAUGUAGUUGAAGCAAAUCCAGGUUUUGGUUACUUAACAGAAGAAUUAUUUAAAAUUGGUGUACCAUUUAUACAUUUAUUUGAAAAUAGCUCUGAAUAUUGGAAUCAUCUAAAUAAUUUAUGUACAAAAUUUCCCAAUCAACUUAGUAUUACAAAAUUAAACCUAUUUAAUAUAUCAAAGAUGUUGACUGGAGUUUCUGUACAUAGUGAUAUUAUGUAUAAAUUAAUAAACAAUGUACAACAGAGAAAAUGGGAAGAAGAAAGCUGCAUGCAAGUAAUUGGAACAACAUCAAAAAGUGUUUUCAUAAGGCAUUUAAUACUGAGUACAGUAUUUCAAACAGGUUUAACCAUGUUUGGAAGACCGAUCUUUUAUCUUGCAAUACCAUCAUCUACAUGUAAUUUUAUUUUUCAGAAAUUCACAUGUAUUGAAAGAUCAACAACUCUUUAUAUUAUGUUUAAUAUAUUAUUUAAUUAUGAAAUUUAUGGAACAGUGGAUAGAAAAGCAUUUAUACCACAAUAUAAAAGUAAGGAGGCAAACAGAAAGAGAGUAACAAAGGAUGACAGUAGCAUACUUAAUGUUAUUAAAAUAGAACCAAAACCUGAUCUUUUUACAUUAUUUAAAACAAAGAAAAAUUUGGUAUACUUUUGGCAUUUCGUUCGAUAUAGUUUUUAUAAACAAAACACCAGAGUGAUACCCACAUUAGAAAAUCUAGUCCCAGGUUGUGGUAUAAAAUUAAUAGCGCUAAAUUACAAUAUAUUCACGGAAUUUGGUGAUUUAAACCCUAGGCAAAUUUAUGAUCUAUUUAUGGAAUUUCAAUCUUGGCCAGAAUAUGAACAAUGUUCAUUUCAGUUAAGUGCAGGUGAUAUUAGGAGAACUUAUCAGUUAUAUUUGGAGGAAGAAGAUGUUUAAACAUUGCUGAAUUAAAUAAAAGGAAUCUAUUUUUCCAUUUAA